AUGGCCCAAGGACAAAUCAAGAAAUCGUCCAAAUCCUCCUCCACGAAACUCUCGGCCUCUGGAGGAAUCACCAAGAAGGGCUCGCGGACGAUAACCCCCAAAAAGGCAAAAUUGUUGAAGCAGGCCAAGUUGAACAAGAAAUAUACCGCGGGGCUCACCGCGAAGACAGAGGCCAUGCUCGGUGCACGUGCUGGACAUCUGGAAAUGCUGGGACAGACGAAGAAGAAGGACGGCGCAACCACAGCCAACGGCAAGGGAAAAGAGGGAAAGAAGAGCGAAGACAAACCUUCGGCUGGGGAUGUGAUUCCGCGAAAGAGACGAUACAUUCUACGCCGGAAUACUGAUCCUCACGAGUGGUCAACGAUUCCUGCCGAAGAGAAGCCUCCCCCACGACGUCUAGGUCGAACUCUUCGACGAUACAGAGGACGUAUCCUUUGA